AUGCUAGGUCGACUGUGUGCUCCAAGUUGUUCGUUCUCAACUGCUCGAGUCAUCUCUAGGAAACUCUCAGUUCCAGCUGAAAAGACCUUGGAAGCUGUAGCUACCAAUGUGGAGAGAGAUGUUCCCAAGACGGAUAUAUCUGCACUCAAGCCCCGCCACAGAGUAAUAGCCGCGGGUGGGAUGCCUCCAUUAGAAUUUGAAUGGGAACGACAGCGAAGUGCCCAGAUGGAGCGGUUUGGUAUGUAUGGGCUCAAAAGUGGCGUCGAUCCCGGCAUAUGCUGGCCAACUGUUGAGGUUAUUAAUAGAUUUGAGCUUGUUUCUAUA